UACGCGCGACCGGACCGGAUGUGACGCACUGCUGUUUCCGGUGUCGGUCGCGCGCAGCUGCUAGAACUCGUCUUUUCUCACUCUAUCGUCCUGUCCUCCGGAUUCCAUCCACUUUCAAACGGAACCGUGGUGUUCCCGCCGGAGAACAGCCAGAGGGAAACCGGUGCAUGUAGACCGUCUGGACCGCCGGGAUGCCUCUGGAGGUCAGAUGGCCAUUCCCUCAGACCCCGCCCCUGGCGUGGAGGAUCUCUGGCUCGCUGGUCAUGGGCAUGGUCGGCUCCUAUUCCUACUUCUGGACCAAGUACAUGAACUACCUGACCGUCCACAACAGGGACGUGUUGUUGAACCUGAUUGAUCACAGGCCCUCCAACACGCCCCUCAUCACUCUAGCCAAUCACCAGUCCUGCAUGGACGACCCACACAUCUGGGGAGUGCUGAAGCUCAGACAGCUGUGGAACUUCAACAAGAUGCGAUGGACUCCAACGGCGUCCGACAUCUGCUUCACCAAAGAGCUUCACUCCAGGUUCUUCAGCCGGGGGAAGUGUGUCCCCGUCUGCAGAGGGGACGGCGUUUACCAGAAGGGGAUGGAUUUCAUUCUGGACAAACUGAACAGAGGUGAAUGGGUGCACAUUUUCCCUGAAGGUAAAGUCAACAUGACGGAGGAGUUCAUUCGUCUGAAGUGGGGUGUGGGUCGACUCAUCGCUGAAUGCUCUCUCAAUCCAGUCAUUCUACCGCUUUGGCAUGUCGGUCUGAGUGACGUUCUACCAAACAUGAAUCCCUACAUUCCUCGGACUGGAAAAAGAAUCACAGUUUUGAUCGGGAAACCGUUCAGCGUGAAGGAGCUGGUCGAAUCGCUUCGAGCUGAAAAGAAGAGCCAGAUGGAAAUGAGGAAGACUCUGACUGACUUCAUCCAGGGGGAGUUCCAGGAACUGAAAGCGCACGCAGAGACCCUCCAUCGACAGAUGCAGACCAGAUCCUGAGUCCGAGCUGCUGCAGUCCCGCUCUCCUCUGGGACAGUGGAAUGCACGCCGCUUCAUGCAACCACCUUUUUAAAUCCCGAAAAGCUUCUUUUAUUUUUUUUGUGCAAGAAUGUGAGGUGUAGAUGUGGUAGAGCAGCACGACACACAGGGAAUCUGCUGUAACCGUUAUCAGCCAACAUUCAGUGCCUAUCAGGAUUUGGAGCUAUGGACGGAUUUUUAUGAGAUUUUAUUCUGUCUUCGAUCCCACUGAUGCACCCCUUGAUCUUCAGACCAGCACAGAGGAAGACUGCAGCUUCAGUUUGAUUAGUAGAGACGGUUCUGGAAGAGUCUCAUCUGUGACGCAGGCGGACUCAAAUCACCAGCGUACGCUCGUGUUUCUGCAUCUUUAGCCUUCACAUCCGAGGAUGUAAAUUCUGUUGGUGACUGUAAACGCUGCUCACAGGCAGGUUUGAAUCAAACAUGUUGCUGCUUUUACUUAAAUUGUUGAUUUUUCUCCACAUUUGAUUAUUUUGAACUAAGUUAUUUGAUUUAAAAUGAUGACAGAUGAUCACUUCUUGAAUGAAAAUCCCUUGUUUAAUCCUCAAAAGAGUUAUAUUUAAGCGUUCAAUCCUCACCAAUCAUGUUUUAUACUUCUGAUGACUUCUUUAGAGGGAAACACUUUUGUGUUUUUGACUGAAGAAUCAGGUUCUUUCAUUUAAACUCACUGCAGUUGUUCUGUCCUCUAUGGAAAUGCUAAUAAAGUAUUUGAUUUUUCCAAA